GGCCGUAGAGCUGUUUCUGCCUGUGGAGUAGCUCUGUCUCUUCCUCCCCGGGGAAAUGCACAAUUUUGAGGACGAGUUAACAUGUCCCAUUUGCUACAGUAUUUUUGAAGAUCCUCGUGUACUACCAUGCUCUCAUACGUUUUGUAGAAAUUGCUUGGAAAAUGUUCUUCAAGCAUCUGGGAACUUUUAUAUAUGGAGACCUUUACGAAUUCCACUCAAGUGCCCCAAUUGCAGAAGUAUUAUUGAAAUUGCUCCAAGUGGUAUUGAAUCUUUACCUGUUAAUUUUGCAUUAAGGGCUAUAAUUGAAAAGUACCAGCAAGAAGACCAUCCAGAUAUCGUUACCUGUCCUGAACAUUACAGACAACCAUUAAAUGUUUACUGUCUCCUAGAUAAAAAAUUAGUUUGUGGUCAUUGCCUUACCAUAGGUCAACAUCAUGGUCAUCCCAUAGAUGAUCUUCAGAGUGCCUAUCUGAAAGAAAAGGAUACACCUCAAAAACUGCUUGAACAGUUAACCGACACACACUGGACAGAUCUUACUCGUCUUAUUGAAAAGCUGGAAGAACAGAAAUCUCAUUCAGAGAAGAUGGUCCAAAGUGAUAAGGAAGUUGUCCUCCAGUAUUUUAAGGAGCUUAGUGAUACAUUAGAACAGAAAAAAAAAACCUUCCUAGCUGCUCUUGGUAAUGUUAGCAAUCUGAUUAAUCAAGAAUACACUCCACAAAUUGAAAGAAUGAAAGAAAUAAGAGAGCAGCAGCUUGAAUUAAUGACACUGACAACAUCUUUACAGGAAGAGUCUCCGCUGAAAUUUCUUGAAAAAGUUGAUGAUAUCCGCCAACAUGUACAGAUU